AUGUUUAAGCUUGUUCGUCGGAGAAGCAUCCCCAUCACUGUCACUCUCAACAACCCUUUAUCACUCUCCACAUCCACCCCUUCUUCCCAUACUAACGCCAUCAUCCACAUCCUCACAUCUUCCAACACCUUCGCACAAGCCACCUCUCUCACCAAACAAUGCCUCCAAAACUCACGCACUACCUGUUCUUCCCUCUUCCACGCUCUCACACGCGCCCAACUCACGCCCCGCGCGUUUGGGGUUCUCAUACUCGCGUUCUCCCAACUUGGUCUCGCCGAGGAAGCCCUGUGGUUCUACAAAAACUUAGUUUCUUUGCCUCCGUUACAGCCUUGCAAUGCGCUUCUUCAUGCGUUGGUCAAAACGCGGAGGUUUGAUUCCGUGUGGCAGGUGUAUGGUGACAUGGUGUCGCGCGGGUUUUCCCCCACCGCUAUCACCUAUGGCAUUUUGAUGCACUGUUCGUGCAACCAAGGUGAUGUUAGCAACGCACGCAAGAUGUUCGAUGAAAUGUUUAAGAGGGGUAUUGAACCCACGGUUGUGGUUUACACUAUUCUGAUUCGUGGCUUUUGCAAUGAGGGUCAAAUGGAAGAAGCAGAGCGUGUGUUUGGACUAAUGAGGGAAUCUAGAGUGGUGGCACCCAAUCUGUACACUUAUAAGACCCUCAUGGAUGGGUAUUGCAAGAUGGGUGAUGUUAAACGAGUUUUUUAUUUGUAUUGCGAUUUGCUAAAGCAUGGCUUGCACCCUGAUGUUGUGAUUUUUGCUACUUUGAUAGAUGUUCUUUGCAAGAUGGGAGAUUUGACGGCUGCGAGAAACUGUUUUGCUUACAUGGCUAAGUUUGGUGUUGCUCCUAAUAUAUAUGCUUAUAAUUCUUUGAUUGAUGGAUACUGUAAGGUGGGGAACUUGCCUGAAGCAAUGCAUUUGCAAGUAGAAAUGGAAAGGUGUGAAAUCUUAUCAGAUGUUUUCACGUACAAUAUACUCAUUAAGGGUCUAUGUGAUGAAGAUAGAGUGGAAGAAGCUGAGGAUUUAAUGGAGAAAAUGGACAAUGUUGGGAUCCUUGCCAAUUCUGUGACAUACAAUGUGAUGAUUGAUGGAUUCUGUAAAAGUGGGGAUAUGGAUAAGGCUAUUGAGGUGUGUUCUCGAAUGACUGAACGGAAAAUUGAACCUGAUGUUAUCACCUUUUCUACAUUAAUUGACGGGUUUUGCAAGAAAGGGAACACCAAAGCUGCGAUGGGCUUGUAUACAGAAAUGGUAAUCAAAGGUCUUGUGCCUGAUGUGGUAACUUACACUGCUCUGAUUGAUGGGCACUGCAAAGUUGGGAAAAUCAAAGAGGCUUUCAGGUUGCACAAGGAGAUGCUGGAUGCUGGACUAACACCAAAUGUGUUUACAGUUAGUUGUUUAAUUGAUGGUCUUUUGAAAGAUGGAAGGAAAUAUGAUGCAAUCAAACUGUUUUUGGAGAAAACUGGAGCUGGUUGGUCUGGAGGUAAAGUUAACAACAGCAGCUUUUGUUCUCCAAACAGCGUGAUGUUUGCCAUUUUAAUUCAAGGUUUAUGUAAAGAUGGACAGAUCUUCAAGGCCACUAAGUUUUUUGCAGAAAUGAGGAGCAAUGGUUUCAAACCAGACAUGCUAGUUUAUGUUACCAUGUUGCAGGCACAUUUUCAAUCCAAGCAUAUACUUGAUGGAAUGAUGCUGCAUGCAGAAAUGCUGAAGAUGGGUGUUGUGCGAAAUACUUCCAUAAAUGGGGUAUUGUCCAGGGGCUAUCGAGUGAAUGGGUAUUCGAAAUCAGCUCAUAUGUGUUCUGAGUAUUUAAUGGAAUAUGACAUUCGGUUUCCCGACCCUGCAGGGUGAUGCAAGUUUGGACUUUCGACUGCAAGUUAGAACCAAGAGUGCCUGUUGUGUAGGACAGAGAAUAUAUUGACAAAGGAUUUAACCAACUAAUCCUCAGUUGCAUAAGUCACAUGCUACCGGUGCUUAAUAUACCAUAGACGAUUGCUUAACAACUAAGAAGUGAUGUUCAGUAAGUUUUUCAUUUGCAUACAGGGUGCUUAUUUGGUACUUGAGCAUUUGGUGGAGCAUGAAUAGAUCUGUUUUGAUCAUGACUCCAUGACCAUCGAGGCAUGCUAGUUAACGAAAGGGACAGGGACUUGCCAUCCAACUUAGAUGGCUUGUG